AUGAUCUACAUAAUAUUGUACAUUUGCAGGAAAGGAGUCGACGUGCAAAUACCCCGUUUCGAUAAGAAUCUCGAAGAAUUUUACUCGAUAUGCGAUCAAAUCGAACUGCACUUGAAAACAUCACUGAAGUGCCUGACGCAGCAGGAAAGCAGCCAAAAGUACCUGAACCUACCGGUGGCCCCCACGAAGACCGAAAGCCUAGGCUUGAACGAUAACACGUUGACUUAUCCCCAAUUCCUUGCGACCGCCACGGCCCAAGUGGCUUACACCAAGGAAAUCCACGACACCCUAGUGGCAGCUGCUCAGAACAUCUCCCCAUCGGAUUGA